AUGGUUGUGUUGCUUGUCUCGUCGGCUCUGAUGGUGGUGGGGGCACAGCAAUUACUGCCAAUGGUAGACGUGGAGCCAAAAAGUAGAGAUGACAAACGUGUGUGGCGCGUUUAUGUGGCCAAUGGGUUGAGCAGUGAGAUUCUAUUUCUACACUGCAAGUCCAAAGACACUGACAUUGGGGAGCGCAACUUGGACCUUGGAGCUCAAAUCCAGUGGAAAUUUCAAGUCAACUUUUGGGGGACGACGUUGUAUUGGUGUUUCAUGCGAAAGGGUAGCGACUCGGUCUCGUUAGAUGUCUUCUGGGUUGAACGUAAGACCUCGUGGCUCCGCCCGAGGUGCGCUCCUCAAACAAUGAGUUGUAUUUGGAUAGCCAAAGAUGACGGAAUUUACAUAAGAAACCUUUCUGAAAAUGUGGAUGAGGUGAUUCAUAAAUGGAACGAGUGA